AUGUCGCAACAAUAUCCUCAGCAAUAUCCUCAGCAGGGCGUGCCUGGACAGGAGGGUUACGGUCAGCAGCCACCGCAACCACCUGCGGGCCAAAAUUAUGACAACUACGAAACGAACAAUCCGCCAGGGGUACAGCCAGGACCUGCUCCUGGUCCUGCUCAUGCUGGCCGAAAGAAGCGCGCUUAUGCUGGACAAGCCUAUGAGUUUGGUGCUGGAGCGAAUGCUGCUCUGGGAGGACAACAACAGGCUGGCGGCGCGCCAUACUCUGGGUAUUCCGUUCAACAAGAUGCAGCGGGCUAUCCGCAAGGAGGUUAUCAACAAAAUCCUGCGGCUGUGCAGCAGACCGCAACACCCCUAUAUCCCGGUCAAGAGCCACCAGCCGAGUUAGGAGGCUACCAACCUCCCACUGCGCCCUACCCUGCGCCUGGCGGUGUAGCGGGCGUGACCCAACAGUUUGGCCAGAUGGACAUCUCGCAAAAGCCGCCGAUCGCUGCUGCACCGCAGCAGGCGCAACGAGCUCCGGUCUUGAACCAGCUCUACCCGACAGAUCUUUCGAACCAGCCAUUCAAUGUCACGGAGUUGGACUUCCCGCCUCCGCCAGUGAUUCUCCCUCCUAAUACAAGUGUUACGCCCUCACCUUUCGCCAAUUGUCCACCCAAAUUUGUCCGCUCGACGCUGAAUGCCGUUCCCACCACUCAUUCCCUUCUCAAAAAGUCUAAACUUCCGUUCGCCCUGGUCAUCCAACCAUACACGUCUCUGCACGACGUCGAAGAUCCUGUGCCAGUGGUUCCCGACCAAGUGAUUUCCCGUUGCAGAAGAUGCCGGUCGUACAUUAAUCCGUUCGUCACUUUUCUGGACCACGGACACCGAUGGAGAUGCAAUAUGUGCAACCUGACCAAUGAUGUGCCGCAAGCCUUUGACUGGGAUGCGGCCGCCCAGAAAAGUCUCGACAGGUGGCAGAGACCAGAUCUGAAUCACGCGGUUGUCGAAUUCAUUGCGCCGCAGGAAUACAUGGUUCGGCCUCCACAACCGCUUGUCUACCUCUUCUUGCUCGAUGUAAGCUACGCGGCGGUGUCGAGUGGACUGCUGGCGACAACGGCAAGGUGUAUCCGAGAGAGCUUGGAUCGGAUACCAAAUGCAGAUCGACGCACACGCCUGGGCUUUAUCGCGGUCGACUCCAGUCUUCACUUCUUCAAUAUCCCUCGGGAUGGAACCGAGAAUGCCCAAACAAGCAUGCUCGUUGUCAGCGAUCUUGAAGAGGCUUUUUUGCCCACUCCUGCGGAUUUACUCGUGACUCUGACCGAAUGCCGCGAAAAUAUCGAGAGUUUCUUGGAUAAGCUUCAAGAGAUGUUCCAAAACACCCAAAACGGCGCGUCCGCUAUGGGGUCUGCCCUUCGUGCCGGACACAAGCUUAUCGGACCCGUUGGUGGAAAAAUGACGGUCGUCACUGCUUCGAUUCCUAAUAUUGGCCAUGGCAAACUUGAAAUGCGCGAGGACAAGAAGCUGCUCGGUACAUCAAAGGAAAGCAGCCUGCUGCAGACGGGAAACAGCUUCUACAAGAGCUUCGCCGUUGAAUGUUCCAAACAACAAAUCUCGGUGGAUAUGUUCCUGUUCUCUUCACAGUACCAGGACGUGGCUUCUUUGAGUAAUCUGCCCAGAUACACCGGUGGCCAGACUUACUUCUACCCUGGCUGGAAUGCGGCCAGAGAAGAAGACGCCAUGAAGUUCGCCAAAGAGUUCUCAGACUACUUGUCAGCAGAGAUCGGACUAGAGGCUGUUCUCCGAGUUCGAGCGACGACGGGGUUGCGGAUGAGCACCUUCUAUGGGAAUUUCUUCAAUCGCAGCUCGGAUCUGUGUGCGUUCCCAGCAUUCCCACGAGAUCAGAGCUACGUUGUCGAGGUUGCAAUCGAUGAAACCAUCACGAAGCCGGUUGUGUGUAUGCAGACCGCUGUCCUGCACACCACCUGCAAUGGCGAACGCCGAAUCCGAGUUAUGACCCUCGCGCUACCCACCACCCAGCAAUUGGCCGACGUCUACGCCUCGGCCGAUCAGCAAGCCAUCACAGAGUAUUUCAGCCACAAAGCCGUCGAACGCGUCCUCAACAGCGGGCUUGACAGCGCCCGGGACAUGAUUCAGAACAAACUGGUCGAGCUGCUCGCCACAUACAAGAAGGAGCUUGCGGGAGGCAGUAUGGGUGGAGGCGGGCUUCAAUUCCCUGCCAACCUUCGAGGCCUGCCUGUGCUUUUCCUUGCCUUGACCAAGAACUUAGGCCUCAGGAGAUCGUCCCAAAUACCCAGCGACAUGCGGUCAGCAGCUCUGUGUUUGCUGUCGACGCUGCCCCUCCCGUUACUGAUCCAGUACAUCUAUCCCAAAAUGUUUUCUCUGCAUGACAUGCCGGAUGACGCAGGGACGGUGGACGAGAAGACUGGUGAAAUUAUCCUGCCGCCGCCGAUCAAUCUAUCGUCAGAAAGGAUCGUGCCGUAUGGAUUGUAUCUGAUCGAUGACGGUCAAACCCAAUUCCUUUGGGUCGGACGAGACGCUGUUCCGCAGCUGAUACUCGACGUCUUUGGACUGUCAGAUAAGAGCCAACUCAAAGUGGGCAAGCAACGCUUACCCGAGUUGGACAACGAUUUCAGCGAGCGUGUGAGGGCAGUCAUCUCCAAGAGCCGGGACCACAAAUCCAAAGGGGUGGGCAGUAUUGUCGUGCCACAUCUCUAUGUGGUGAAAGAGGAUGGCGAGCCAGGACUGAGGCUUUGGGCGCAAACGAUGCUUGUGGAAGACCGAGCAGAUCAAGGAAUGAGCUUACAGCAGUGGAUGGGGAGUAUGCGGGAGAAGGUACAGUCAUGA